AACUAUUCUAAUUCGACCUAGAAAAAGAAAAUUAAUUAUUUUACCUCAUAAUGCAUGACAUUAACCUAUUUCUAUAUUAUUUUGUCAUUUGUUAAGUUAUCACUACAUUUUUCAAAUUAUUCUCCCAGGCCAACUAGUAUCAUUUAUUGCUAUCUACUUCACCUUUUCGAUUAAUCGCCAACAAAUGGUAUUUUAAUAGCAAAAUCAUAUGAUAAGAAAUAUUGGAUUGUUGGAAUAGUACGAAAUGACGAGCGAAUCUGAUGUUGCUAUAACAAAUGGCAACUUGGUAUCUUCCAGUAAGGUCACCGACGAAGGUCAGAGUACUUCUUCGCCACCUCCGAUUCCCGUCAAGUCCUGCAAGUGUUUGGACAAGACUCAGGUGAAGAUCAUAUCCAAGAGGCCUCUCUUGAUCACCCUCAGGUGGAUAUUCCUCUUCCUCUUCUGGACCAUCUGGAUCAUCGUCUUCUCCAUGGUCGUCAUCAUCUUCGCCCUCGCGCCCAGGAAGAAGACAAAAUGACUGGAAGCCAACAACAUGGAGGAGGCCAACAGAAAAGGCCAACAGUCAUCAUAUAUCCAACAGUUUCCCCUGAGACAAUCGUGAUCCCGAUCGUCUCCUGCAUCCUGGGGUUUCCCCUCCUGGCACUCCUCGUCAUCUGCUGCCUGAGGCGGAGGGCGAAGCUCGCCAGGGAGCGCGACCGUCGCAGAGCAGGAACGAGUUGCGCAGGAGGAGGGAUUCACACACAUAUUUUGAGCGGGG